AUGCUGUCCGCCGGGGGGGGGGACGCGAGCGACGCUGCAGCGCUCCUCGAGAAGAAGGCCAGCGUCGCUCGCGAGGACUUGUACCGCAGGCAGCGCUUCCAGCGAGCGCUCUCGCCCGAAAGACAAGACCCUUUCGCUGCAGACGGGGGCCGCAGGGCCGACGUGAGCGCCCGCAGCUACGCAGACGUGAUGGUGGAGCAGCAGCUCGACAGGGAGAAGCAAGCAGCAGUCAAACAAAUCCGCAAGCUGCAGGAAGACGCGGCUUUCGCGCAGCAGCUGCUGCAGCAGCAGCAGCAGGAGGCGGCGGGCGCGGCCGCCGCGGGCAAGCGCGGCCGCUGGGCCGGCGACCGCCAGCUCACCGACGCAGAGCGCUUGGCGCUGCAGCAGCAGCAGCAGCAGCAGGGCAGCGAGGGCGCUGCUGCUGCUGCCGCCAGCCUCACCAGCCGCUGGGACACUCCCCUCCAGGCCGGCGGCCAGGCCCCCGGCUGGGGCGACACGCCCAUGGCUUCUGGCGGAGAAGCAGCAGCAGAAGCAGCAGAACAAAAACCCAAAAAGAGAAGCCGGUGGGACGCCACGCCGGCGCAGCCCGGCACUGGCCAGGAAACGCCCACCCCCGGCCAGUGGGGAGCCACGCCGCUCGUGGCGGGGCCUGGAGGCCAAACUCCGUUGGCAAUGAAAAAGAAAAGUCGAUGGGACGCAACUCCAGUGCCUGGCGGCGAAGAGGGCUCGGGGGUGGGCUCGGCCAUGGCCACUCCGCUCACGGGGGCCCGCCUGGCCGACGGCUCCGACGCCGGCCUCGCCACCCCCGGCCUUUCCCAGACUCCGGGCGCCACCCCCAUGACUUCCGGCUUGACCCCUGGCGCCACGCCGCUGGCCAUGACCGGGCUGGGGUCCACGCCGAUGACCCCCAGCACUCCUUUGCAGACCCCGGAGCAGCUGCUGGCGCUGCGGCUGCAGCAGGAGUUCGAUGAAAGAAACAGAUACUUGACAGAUGAAGAACUUGACAGAAUAAUGCCGACUGAGGGCUACGAAGUGGUGCAGCCGCCGAGCGACUACAACCCGCCGCCGACUUCUGCUGCUGUUGCUGCAGCGCGCGCGCGGCAGCAGGCCCUGGCCUCUUCGGGGAUGGGCCCCGCCACCCCCGGAGUUGCUGCUGCUGCCACUCCCCUGGGGGUCACUCCCAUGUACGUGAUGCCUGAAGAGGGGGGCAUUUCGGUGAAGGCUUUGGACCCCACGGGGUCUCUGCUGGACCCCCAGGGGCUGGGGGAGGCUUCUGGGGGCGUGCAGAUGAAGGCUGAGGACUUCCACUUCUUUUCGAAGCUCUUUGAAGAAAAACCAGAAGACCAAAUGACCCAGGAGGUGACUCUGGGGGGCGCGCUGCUGCUUCCGGGCUUCGGGAGGGGAAGCUGGGAAGUCAAGGAAAAGAAGAUCCAGCUGCUGCUGCUCAAGAUCAAGAACGGAACUCCCCCGCUGCGCCGUUCUGCGCUGCGCAUUUUGACUGACAAAGCAAAAGAGUUCGGAGCUGCUGCACUUUUCAACCAAAUUUUGCCUCUGAUGAUGCAGACGACGCUGGAGGACCAGGAGCGCCACUUGCUCGUGAAAGUCAUAGAUCGCGUGCUGUACAAGCUGGACGACCUGGUGCGGCCCUACGCCCACAAGAUCCUGGUGGUCAUCGAGCCGCUGCUGAUCGACGAGGAUUACUACGCCCGCAUAGAAGGCAGAGAAAUAAUCAGCAAUUUGGCCAAGGCCGCGGGCCUGGCGACCAUGAUCGCCACCAUGAGGCCAGACAUUGACCAUCCCGACGAAUACGUGCGAAACACAACUGCCAGGGCGUUUGCUGUGGUGGCCUCUGCCUUGGGAGUGCCUUCGCUGCUGCUGUUCUUGAAGGCCGUGUGCCAGAGCAAGAAGUCGUGGCAGGCGCGGCACACGGGGAUAAAAAUAAUUCAGCAAAUAGCCAUUUUGCUGGGGUGCGGGGUGUUGCCGCACUUGCGGCAGUUCGUGGAAAUAAUCCAACACGGGCUCGACGACCCCGUUCUCAAAAUUAAGACUGUCACCGCGCUGGCCCUGGCCGCGCUGGCCGAGGCCGCAGCGCCCUACGGCAUUGAGGCCUUCGACUGCGUGCUGCGGCCGCUGUGGAAGGGCAUAGGGGAAAUAAAGGGGAAGAGCCUGGCGGCCUACUUGAAGGCCAUUGGCUCCAUCAUUCCGCUGAUGGACGCUUACCACGCGAGUUACUACACGCGGGAAGUCAUGGUGAUGCUGGUGCGGGAGUUCGAAACCAACGACGAGGAAAUGAAAAAGAUCGUUUUGCGAGUCGUCAAACAGUGCGUGGCCACUGAGGGCGUGGAGGGGGAAUAUAUUCGCACUGACAUCAUUCCUCCUUUCUUUUCGAAAAUGUGGCUCGUCCGAAACGCCCUGGAUCGCCGCACGGCCAAACUCCUCACCGAAACCGCCACGGAGUUGGCCUCCAAGGCCGGCGGGGCCCACGUCAUUAAGUUCAUUGUAGAUGAUCUUAAAGACCCCAGCGAGCCCUUCAGAAAGGUGACUCUCGAAACGAUAGAACAGGUGAUAGUGAACGGGGGGGUGGCGGACAUAGACGGGAGGCUGGAGGAGCAGCUGAUCGACGGCUUGCUUUACGCCUUCCAAGAACAGACCACUGAGGACACUCAAGUGCUUUUAAAUGGCUUUUCAACUAUUGUUAAUGCACUCUCCACCCGCGUUAAGCCCUACCUCCCGCAGAUCUGCGGUGUCAUUCGCUGGCGGCUGAACACCCCUUCGGCGAAGCUGAGGCAGCAAGCCGCAGACCUCGUGGCGCGCAUUGCAACUGUCAUGUUCAAGAGUGGCGAAGAGCAAAUGCUGGGCCACUUGGGCUUGUUCUUGUACGAGUACUUGGGCGAAGAGUACCCCGAUGUGUUGGGAAGCAUUCUGUGCGCCUUGAAAGCCAUCGUGAACGUGAUUGGAAUGAACAAGAUGACGCCUCCCAUCAAGGAUCUGCUGCCUCGCUUAACUCCCAUCCUCAAAAACCGCCACGAAAAAGUGCAGGAAAACCUUAUUGACCUCAUCGGCCGCAUCGCCGAUCGCGGAGGCGACUUGGUGUCGCCCAAGGAGUGGGACAGGAUUUGCUUCGACCUUUUGGACUUGUUGAGAGCCCAGAAAAAGAGCAUUCGGAGAGCCACUGUGAACACGUUUGGCUACAUUGCCAGGACUAUAGGGCCGCAAGACGUGCUGGCAACACUCCUGAACAAUUUGAAGAUGCAAGAACGUCAGUUGCGACUUUGCACGACCAUCGCCAUUGCUAUCGUGGCUGAGACCUGCUUGCCGUAUUCUGUGCUGCCUGCGCUCAUCAACGAAUACCGAGUGCCCGAACUGAACAUUCAAAACGGCGUCUUGAAGACUCUUAGCUUCAUGUUUGAGUACAUUGGCGAGAUGGCCAAGGACUACAUCUAUACAGUCACGCCGUUGUUAGAAGAUGCCCUCAUGGACAGAGACCUUGUCCACAGACAAACUGCAGCUUGGGCUUGCAAGCACCUUGCGCUUGGCGUCCACGGACUGAGCUGUGAAGAUGCGCUUACUCAUUUGUUUAACUACGUCUGGCCAAACAUUUUCGAAGUGUCGGCACACAUGGUCCAAGCGUUUUUUGAUGCUGUGGACGGCAUGCGCGUUGCUAUUGGGCCCGGAGUUGUUUUCCGAUAUGUCAUCUUGGGCCUCUUCCACCCUGCACGCAAAGUACGAGAGGUGUAUUGGAGGGUGUAUAACAACGUGUACAUCGGGCACCAGGACGCGAUGGUAGCUUUUUUCCCAAGACUUCCCGACGACGGGAAGCAUUCAUUUGCCCGUCAUGAGCUUGAACUGGUCAUUUAG